GUAGGCCCGUCUGACCAUCUGUGUACGAAGUCUGAGAUGAAAUCGCAAAAUUCCCGGCUAUUUUGCCUGCUUCUGAGCGGAAAAAAACUCUGCGGAGAUGAACUGAAGUGUUGUGAAGAAACACAAGGAAGCGCACGACCACAUUUUCCGGGCACACGCUAUCGCAUUCCUUUCUCCACAAAUAAACCACUCUAACUUCCACCUUUUAUUAAUCAUGCAACUAUCGACACACUCACACACACGCAAAUUGGAUUGAUUUCUUUCACUCCUGUUUCCGUUCCGUAUAUAAAUGGAUCUCUGCUUUUUCAUCCCUUACGAUCACGCCGACUCUUUCACUCCAAUGUAUGUGUUUGGAACCUUGUUACUCCCUGGUUUUAUAUAAUAUUUGUGUGGGGAGAUUCAACUUUGAAUUGCAUGUAAGAUGUUCGAUGAAUUGUGCUGAGAAAUGGUAGUUGUUACUGGUAUUUGAACAGUUUUUUCGAGGCGGAGGGGAAAUGGCCGCAGCUUCAAACCCACAGUGCGCGAGAAGUAACGACGCAAACAAUUCUUCCAAUCAACACUCUAUCGAUGAUAUUGAAUGUGACCAGAUUGUUGUCCCAGAUAAAAAGGGGUGGAAGAAGUUUUUGGCAUAUUUGGGUCCAGGAUUUCUUGUUUCAAUUGCUUAUAUUGAUCCUGGAAAUUUUCAAAGUGACCUCCAAGCAGGAGCUCAGUACAAAUAUGGGUUACUGUGGAUUAUAUUGGUAGCUUCAUUUGCUGCUGUUAUUGUCCAAAUGCUGGCAGCAAACCUUGGAAUUGUUACAGGAAAGCAUUUAGCUGAACACUGUAGACAAGAGUAUCCAAAGGUCUUGAGUUUUAUCUUGUGGAUUAUAGCCGAAAUAACUAUAGUUGCAUGCGACAUCCCCGAAGUGAUUGGAACGGCUUUUGCGCUGAACAUGCUCUUCAAUAUAGUGUUAUGGUGUGGCGUGCUAAUCACUGGCCUUAGUACAUUGGUCCUACUAUUACUGCAGCAAUAUGGGGUGAGGAAACUUGAGAUCUUUAUUGCUUUGCUUGUGUUCACAAUUGCUGCAUGCUUCUUUGUGGAGCUUGGAUAUGCAAAACCUAAAUCAUCGGAAGUUUUACAUGGUCUUUUCGUUCCACAACUUGAAGGAGAUGGAGCCACUAAGCUAGCUGUCUCACUUCUUGGUGCUAUGGUUAUGCCGCAUAAUCUUUUCCUCCACUCGGCACUUGUGCUUUCUAGGAAAAUCCCCCGGUCUUUUAAUGGCAUCAAGGAGGCAAGAAAAUUUUAUUUGAUGGAAAGUGCAUUGGCAUUAAUGGUGGCAUUUCUGAUCAACGUUUCAGUUAUUUCAGUUAGUGGUGCGGUUUGCAAUUCACCAGAUUUGGACAAUGCUGACAAACUCAAGUGCCAAGACUUGGAUUUGAACAAAGCUUCAUUUUUGCUUAAAAAUGUUCUUGGUAGAUGGAAUUCCAAGCUUUUUGCAAUUGCUUUGUUGGCUUCCGGGCAGAGUUCUACCAUUACCGGGACAUAUGCUGGACAAUAUGUCAUGCAGGGGUUUCUAGAUUUGAAGCUGCAGCCCUGGAUUAGGAAUUUUCUGACUCGAUGCUUAGCAAUUAUCCCAAGCCUUAUUGUCGCGAUCAUCGGCGGGUCAAAUGGUGCUGGAAACCUAAUUAUCAUUUCAUCGAUGAUUUUAUCAUUUUCGCUUCCUUUUGCACUCAUUCCUCUUUUGAAGUUCACAAGUAGUAGAUUGAAGAUGGGUGUACACACCAACUCAUAUUUUAUUUCAGCCUCAACAUGGGUUAUCGGGGCUCUUAUAAUAGGCAUCAACGUGUACUAUCUAGUAGAGAAAUUAGUUAUAUCUCUUCGUAGCAGCCAUCUUAAAUUUGUGGGAACUGUGUUUUGUGGGAUCUUGGGAUUUUCAGCCAUGUUCGUGUAUUUGGCCAGCAUUGCUUAUUUGGUGAUUCGGAAGAACAAGGAAGGUGGUGCGCACUUGCUAGCACUGACCACGUCUGAAAUCCCUGCUACCACCAUUGCUUCAGGUGACUUUUCCGUGCAUUGUGAUGCGGGGAAAAUUAGCAAAACAAAUAUAAAUAGUGCCUCAAAGGUUUAGGUUUUCGAAUCGUGAAGAGCAAGUUUAUUAUGAAUAUUAUCAAGGAUUAAAGAUGGUGUUGGAAACAUGAUAUUGAUACGCUAUUAAUGUACAUAAAUUGUGAAUGGAGUAUGAGCAUAUUACGAAGAUUUUAAUGCAUGACAAAGAAUAAAUUUUAUGUUUGCACUACCCUUUUAUAUUGAUUCACAAAAUCUAAGGUAAGAUGUAUGGUAAAG